UGGGAACUAUGGGUACUUCCCCACGGACGUUCCUGAUCUUGGGAUGUUUUCUCACAGGACCGUUCCUAACACUUUGCCAGCUUCCUUUGCCGACUAUUGUUCCCAAUAGGAGUGAAAUGGUGGUACAGCUGAAUUCCAAUUUCACACUCAAAUGCUCUGGAGACAGCGAAGUGAGCUGGCAGUACCCAGUGAUGGAGGGAAGUCACAGGAUUGACAUUAGACACGAAGAAAACAACAGUGGCCUCUUCCUAACAGUGCUUGAAGUAGGAAAUGCCUCAGCCGCUCACACAGGCUUGUAUGUUUGCUAUUAUAACCACACUCAAGUGGAGGAUGGGGAAGUGGAAGGGAAGGACAUCUAUAUCUAUGUGCCUGACCCAGAUAUGCCUUUUGUUCCUUCUAUACCAGAAGAUCAGUUCAUCCUAGUAGAAGAAGGUGAUCCCACUGUUAUCCCUUGUCGGACAAGUGACCCAAAUGCUCAAGUGACUUUGAUUAAUAGUUUAGACAAGACUGUCCAUGCUUUCUAUGACAGUAAACAAGGCUUCAUAGGGAAUUUCCCUGCGGGCUCAUAUACAUGCAAAACAAUGGUUGAACGUGUGGAGUUCAAGUCCGAUGAGUUCUUCAUUUAUAUUUUAAGAGCUACUUCACAGCUGCCAGUUGAAAUUGAAGCUCUUAAAACUGUCUACAAAGCAGGCGAGACCAUCGUAGUAACUUGUGUGGUCUUUGACAAUGAGGUGGUUAAUUUACAGUGGAAUUAUCCUGGGAAAGUGAAAGAAAAAGGUCUGAUAAAACUUGAUGAUAUCAAAGUCCCAUCGCAGAAGCUGGUUUACACCUUGACCAUUCCUGAGGCAUCAGUGAAAGACACAGGGGAUUACGAGUGUACUGCUCGGCAUGCAACCAAGGAGGUUAAGGAAAAUAAGAAAGUAGUCAUUACAGUUCAUGACAAAGGUUUUGUUCACCUGGAGCCUCAGUUUAGCCCUCUGGAAGCUGUCAACCUACACGAAGUCAAAAACUUUGUUGUUGAUGUGCAGGCAUACCCAGCACCAAAAAUGUACUGGUUGAAGGAUAACGUGACUCUGAUUGAAAAUCUUACUGAGAUUGUUGCUAGUUCCAACAAAGUCCAGGAAACAAGGUUUCAGAGUAUAUUAAAAUUGAUCCGGGCCAAGGAAGAAGACAGUGGGUACUAUACUUUGGUUGCUGAAAAUGAAGAUGAGAUUAAAAGAUACACGUUCUCCUUGCUAAUACAAGUUCCAGCUCUGAUCUUAGACCUUGUGGAUGAUCACCAUGGCUCUGCAGGUGGACAGACAGUGAGAUGCUUGGCAGAGGGGACCCCGCUUCCUGAUGUGGAAUGGCUGGUUUGCAAGGACAUUAAAAAAUGCAGCAAUGACACCUCAUGGACUCUUCUGACUAACAACAUCUCUGAUAUACACAUGGAAGCCCACCUGGAUGAGAAAAACCAGGUGGAAAGCCAGGUGACCUUCCAGAAGGUAGAGGAAACCCUGGCUGUACGAUGUAUGGCAAGGAACGACCUUGGUGCUGUUACUCGGGAACUGAAGCUUGUGGCUCCCACUUUGCGAUCAGAACUUACUGUGGCUGCUGCAGUCUUAGUGCUGUUAGUGAUUGUGAUAAUUUCACUGAUUGUUCUGGUCAUCAUAUGGAAACAGAAGCCGAGGUACGAGAUCAGAUGGAGAGUCAUUGAAUCUAUCAGCCCUGAUGGCCAUGAAUACAUUUAUGUGGACCCAAUGCAACUGCCUUAUGACUCCAGAUGGGAGUUUCCUAGAGACGGGUUAGUGCUUGGUCGAAUCCUUGGUUCUGGUGCAUUUGGGAAAGUAGUGGAGGGGACUGCAUAUGGACUGAGUCGCUCUCAACCAGUGAUGAAAGUAGCUGUGAAAAUGCUGAAACCUACUGCUAGAUCCAGUGAAAAACAGGCACUCAUGUCUGAACUGAAGAUAAUGACACAUCUCGGCCCCCACCUGAAUAUUGUGAAUCUGCUUGGAGCUUGUACAAAAUCAGGUCCUAUUUACAUCAUCACCGAAUACUGCUUUUAUGGUGAUUUGGUGAACUAUCUGCAUAAGAACAGGGACAAUUUCCUGAGCCGUCAUCCAGAGAAAGCUAAGAAGGAUCUGGAUAUCUUUGGGAUGAACCCAGCUGAUGAAAGCACAAGGAGUUAUGUGAUAUUAUCAUUUGAAAACACUGGGGAGUACAUGGACAUGAAACAAGCUGAUACAACUCAGUAUGUGCCAAUGCUGGAAAGGAAGGAGGGAUCUAAAUACUCUGAUAUUCAGAGAUCUGUGUAUGAUCGGCCUGCUUCAUAUAAGAAGAAGUCUAUGUCAGAAUCAGAAGUCAAAAACCUCCUUUCAGAUGACAGUUCAGAGGGCCUCAGCCUACUGGAUUUGCUGAGUUUCACCUACCAGGUUGCUCGGGGAAUGGAAUUCUUGGCUUCUAAAAAUUGUGUGCACCGUGACUUGGCAGCUCGUAACGUCCUCCUGGCUCAAGGAAAAAUUGUGAAGAUCUGUGACUUUGGGCUGGCUAGAGACAUCAUGCAUGAUUCCAACUAUGUCUCCAAGGGCAGCACUUUCCUCCCAGUAAAAUGGAUGGCACCUGAAAGCAUUUUUGACAAUCUGUACACAACAUUAAGUGAUGUCUGGUCUUACGGCAUUCUACUGUGGGAAAUAUUUUCUCUUGGUGGCACACCAUAUCCUGGUAUGAUGGUUGAUUCUACUUUUUACAAUAAGAUCAAGAGCGGAUACCGGAUGGCCAAACCUGAUCAUGCUACCAAUGAAGUGUAUGAGAUCAUGGUGAAGUGCUGGAACAGUGAACCAGAGAAAAGACCUUCCUUUUACCAUUUGAGUGAAAUUGUGGAGAGUUUGUUGCCUGGAGAGUACAAAAAGAGCUAUGAGAAGAUUCACCUGGACUUCCUGAAAAGUGAUCACCCAGCUGUCACACGCAUGAGAGGCGACUGUGACAAUGCUUACAUUGGUGUCACCUACAAGAAUGAAGACAAGUUAAAGGACAGGGAGAGUGGAUUUGAUGAGCAGAGGCUGAGUGCUGACAGCGGGUACAUCAUCCCCCUGCCUGACAUUGACCCUGUUUCUGAAGAUGAGCUUGGCAAAAGGAACAGACACAGUUCCCAGACGUCUGAAGAAAGUGCCAUUGAAACUGGUUCCAGUAGCUCCACUUUCAUCAAGCGAGAGGACGAGACCAUUGAGGACAUUGACAUGAUGGACGACAUUGGGAUCGACUCCUCAGACCUGGUGGAGGACAGCUUCCUGUAACCCCACGGACACCUUCCAGCUCUGCACACAGGGAAGCUUGCCUUGUUGUCUACAGAGUUCUGCUCCACAGAGGAAACCACUUAACUGCAAUGUCAAGGAUGUGAAGAGAAGGUGGAUUUGUACAGAAGAACUCCCAGCAAUAGACAGAGGUAUCACCCUGAGUAAGAAUGAAAGAGAGUUGUCAAAGAUGGAUUUUUUUAGUGUUGCUUCUUGCAGUACUUCAGUAGCAUCUCAGUGUUGUUUGCCAUUCGAACUGGUAGGAGGAUGAAGGAAAAGGCCACAAACAGACCAGUUUUGUGUUUCAAGGGCAUUCAUAUGACUUCAAUGGAUUGAAUUUCCACUG